AUGUUCGCCCCUCCAGCAGAAGCCCCAACGGCUCCACCCCUAGCCGCAGUGGCUUCCCCUCAAGUGCGUGCCCAAACAGACAUGAAUCCUGCCUCGAGACCUAUAGGCCUUUCCACCCCCUUGAUGCUAGGCCAGCUUCUCCUCGACUUCGGUCGACUAGACUCUACCUGCCGACGCCACGACCUAGUUGUGAACGUCGAUUGCCUAGUCUCUGUGGCCCAGGCGACUUAUCAGCAGCUAGAACAGCUGUCCGCGAUAGCUCUGCCAAUGGAAGAACUCAGCUUUGUCAGGAUGUGGAGAACCCUAAUCCUCAAGCGAGUACAGGAUAUUUUCGAACUGGAGAAACACCGAUGUGCCGAGCACUUCAUCCGCGUGAUGCCGAAUCUCCCCGUUCCAGCACCUCUAGCCGAUCUCCUAUACUCACUAGGUCAACUUCACAGUCGUGCACUCGGAACUGUGUUUGACAUGAUUCCACCAGAGCGUCCUGCCAUGCCACAACUGUGGUGGACACUAGACAAUCAGAUAUUAGAUCACUGGUGUCUUCUCACAGCGAGGAUGAGUACUCUUUACAUGAUGAAAGAGUUCCCAGCCAAGAAUGACUUUAAAGACCGAGCCAUAGGUAUGACGUCGAUACAAGACCAUGCCAACAUCCGCUCAGUUAAGUCUUUAACCAACGAGCCAACCUCAGCCGAUGGUUUCAUUCGCUUCGUUAACGAUGAAUUGUUUACGAAUCCAUUCCCGUUUGUCAACUCUAACUUGCGAUUCGUUGAAGGCCUCGAAAGAGAGUCAAUUCUUCGUACUUACGUCGGAGUGUAUGUAACUGGAACAAACUCAUAA